AUGACAGACCUUCUAGAUCUCGCCAUCUGCUCAACCUGCGGGACACAAUUCACGACUCCUUCGAACCCCACUUCCUGCAAGAUCUGCGACGACCCACGACAAUACGUUCCACCAACAGGUCAGUCCUGGACUACACUGCGCACACUCCGCGACUCCCAGAACCCCUCAUACACCAACGUCUUCACUCCCGACCCGAUUCACAAAGACGCUCUGAUCUCCAUUCACACUGAGCCAAAGCAGGCGAUCGGGCAGAGGGCGUUCCUGUGUCGGACGAAUUUAGAGCGACCUUCGGGUUCGGGGACGUUUAACCUCUUGUGGGACUGUAUCACGUACAUUGACGACGAGACGAUUGCCCGGGUCAAAGAGCUCGGUGGAAUCGAUGCGAUCGUCAUCUCGCAUCCACACUACUAUACCACACAUUUGCUCUGGGCUAAGAUAUUUGAUUGCCCUGUCUAUUUGUCCGCUGAAGAUGAGGAAUGGGUGGUUAUCCGUGGGGAGAAGCAGGUGUUCUUUACGGGAGGAGAGUUGUGCUUCACCGGAGCAAAGGCUUGGGGUAAUAAGGCAGUAGGGAGCGAGAAGAGAGAAGGGGAGGCUGAGCUGGUAGUUAUCAAGACGGGUGGACAUUUCCCUGGUAGUACGGUGCUUUGGUGGAAGGAGCUGAGGACAUUGUUGAUUGCGGAUACGAUUGCGGUUGUGCCCAGCGCGAGGUACUGGGUCGAUAGGCUGCCCGGGACAGCGUCGUUUACCUUCAUGUGGUCGUAUCCUAAUAUGGUAUGUUGA